UCCAUAUUUUUGUGCAGGUGGAGCCGGGGGUCUCUUGGAAACAGCCUCCCUACUUCCGAGUAGGGGCAAGGUCUGCGUACACACACCCUCCCGAGACCCUACUGUUGUGGGAUUCAACUGGGUUGUUGUUGUUGUAAUUAACACUAGAAAUUUCAUGACACCAACCCAACUUAGACACAUAGUUGGGAGUAAGUGCUCCUUUUUCCUUCAGGAAUUUCUUUGAACUUCGUCCCUUGCCUUAUGCUCCUUCAACGUCUGCUGCUGCUGCUGAAUCAGAAAAAAUAGGGCUUGUCAAUAUAACUUGGGAUUCGCAAACUUCGGCACACGACAUGGAAGAGAUGUGGAGCCAUCCAAGUGUGAGCAAAGAAUGGAGCAAGUCAGGGGAGAAGCGUGGAAAUGUCCGAUUUUCUCAUGACAAAGAGAAGAGACCUUAUCUUUCAAGGGUUGAGCUCAGGGCAGUGGCAGAAAUCAUCAUCAACAAGUACUUCAGUGCUAGAGGAAUUAAGCCGGCUGUGUUGUGUGGAAUAGCAGAGAUAGUGUGUAGGCGGUAUGUGAAUGGAGUGGGGCAACGGGUUGGGGUGAUGGGGAUAGACUACCCCACCGCAGGGUGGCUGCAAAAGGAGUUGGGGUACAAGGCCUACAGGGUGGAGUCGGUGGAGGAGCUGAGGAGGCCAUUUGAGUCACUGUACUUUGGGGCAGCCUACCUGGCAUGGCUAUCCCAUUAUGAAGGAAGGGAAAGGAGUCCCCAGUUUGUUGUUCAAGCUUAUCUCUCGGGGCCUCAGAACGCCGCAAAUGUCCCAGAGGAGGAGACAGGUCCCAAUUGGUUAAAAUUCCUGGAGGCACUGAGCCAUUAUUGUGAGGGUGAUGAUGAUUUCAAAAAGGAGUUGGGUUUUUGCACCAUUUUAUGACCCCUCAUUGGACUCUACCUCCAACUUGAAUCCUCAAAAAAAUACAGUAGUAAAUUAUACUACCUCUGGCUCGGAGUAUUUGUUCUGUUUUGAUUUUUUUCAGUGAACCGUUUUCAACAUUUGACUUAUAAUUAAGUUAUAUUAAUUAGAUCAAAUAAUAUUUUGAAAAUAUUUUAUAUAACAAAUCUAAUAAAAUAUCUUUGUAUCAAUAUCUAAUAUCAUUUUUAUUUAUUUUUGAGUCAAAAUUUACCAAUUUUGACCGAAAAAUGUUAAAAGUGGACAAGUACUCCGAGACGGAAGGUGUAAAAAAUUACCGCUGACCAUGUUUUUUUUUCAAAUAACAAAUUACGGAGUAAAAAAGAUUUACUGUAUAU